UACCGUUGGAAACAGAGAAAGAAAGCCAAUGAGGAAAAAAAAAGAUCUAUAUUCACAAUGCUGUAGAACGGCAUUUUUCAACAAAAUGGUAAAAGAAGCGCUUGUGAGUUGUGACAUCGCUUCUUUUCAUUUCGAGCAGAUGAGGGAUCAUUAGGCAAAGGAGGACGCAACACCGCGGAAUGGCGGAGUUUGGAGUUGUGGACGCUGGUCUUGGAAGAGAGCACCAGUCAUGGGUAUAACAUGUGGUUGACCGGUUUUAUGACUUCCCGGUUUUCUGGGCAUAUCAAACCGCUGACCACUCCGGUUCCCGGCUCAACCGGUUCGACCGGCCGGUCCGGUCCGGUUUUGACAACAUGAUCUAGACAAAGGAUAUAGAUACGACACCGAUCUUGCUCAUCACAACCGAUUCUCAUACGUAGUUUUUUCUCGAGCAAUGAGUUACAGAAGAGAUAAUCGCUCCUCCAGGUCAUCACUUUUAGAUGGUCUUGAUAGUCUGGAGGAGGGUGGCUUAAAGGCUUCUUCCUCUUACUCACAUGAAAUUAAUGAGCAAGAUAAUGAUAAAGCUGUGGAGAGUUUGCAUGACAGAGUUACUUUUCUAAAGCGAUUAACAGGUGAUAUACAUGAGGAGGUUGAGAGUCAUAACAGUUUGCUUGAUCGAGUGGGUAGCAAAAUGGACGGAUCAAGGGGUAUGAUGUUGGGAACCAUGGAUCGAUUCAAGAAGGUUUUUGAGAAGAAAUCGACAAGGAAAACGUGCUCCCUGGCAGCAUAUUUCACAGUUGCCUUCAUAUUCAUAUACUAUCUUAUUAGGAUGCUUGGAUAUUUUACACUUGGAUGAAGCGCGUUUAGUUAAAGCUGAUUCGAUUGUAUGAUGGAUGGUUGGAAUUAAAAUCAUUUGGUCCUGUGCUAUAACCACUAUAUCUGAGAUGGAGAUGGUUUGAAAGUCACUUAAAAGAACGUAGAAACUUACUACAUAUAUGAAGCUUAGCAAAAGAGUAUGUAUACUUUCUCUCUUGAACUGGUCCUGUAUCAAUUUUUGCACAUGUAAAUUCCAGGCAUAUGAAUUGAUUUAAUUCAUUGGGUGGUAAUUGUAAUUUUUGUAACCAACGCUUCCAAAAUUUACCAAUGUGAUGUAUCCCAGAUCAGUUGGGAUCAAAUGUACACUUACAUUCAUGUUUGGUUUCUAAAAGUAAAACAUGUUUUAAACUUCA